AUGAAUUUCAAUAUAUUUAACAGCAACAACUAUAAUAAUAACAAACUUGAAAAGAAUAUUAACAACAACAAUGAAAACAUUGUAAACAACAACAAAUAUCAUAAACAUGCUUAUAACGAUGAUGAAGAUGAUGAAGAAGAAGAAGAAUUGAUGUGCGGUUGUUGGGGAUUCAAUAAUCUACCAGAUGAAUUGGUACAUAUGACACUUCAUCAAUCAAAAGAUUUCAACAAACCAACCUACUCUGAAUAUCUUAAUAAUGAACCGCCUUCACUUUACAACAACAACAACAAUGGUAACAACAAACAACCAAUACAAACUACACCAAAUUAUAAAAGAUUAUAUAAAGAAAGAUUAGAUAUUAUGGCUCCAAUAAGAUGGGAAGAAUUCUAUAAUAUCUAUUAUAUAGCAGUAUUGGUAAAGAAUAAGGUUACAAGAACUAAAUUAUUUAAAAUGUUCUUUAACAAUCAAUUGGUGGUUUGGUAUGGUGCCAUCUAUGACAUUUCAAUUGACAUGGAUACCGGUAUCACCAAUUUAAUCAUUUCAAUGCCAUAUUUAAUCGAUACCAAUACUUCUUCUUCUUCUUCUUCUUCAUCAUCAACACCUACCAAUUCAUUAUCAAUUAUUGAUAGUGAUGGUAAUUUUAUUCAACAACCUCCAGAAAGUUUACUAGUACAACAUUUAAAAACAACAGAUAUACUCAUGCCACAAAUAUUAUUAAAAUUACCCAAAUCCUAUACAAGAAUGACUGAUACACUUGACAUUAGAAAAGAUAGAAUCAUUAAAUUCUUUGCUACUUUGGAAUCUGGUUCGAAAGUGGCUAUACCAAACCCAACUGAUUUUAUUUAUAAAUAUAAUAAUAAUAGAAGUAAUAAUCCGACAACUACAACGACAACGACAAAUCAUCAAAAGGAAAAUAAUCAAAUACAACCAAAUAUUGGUACUAAUACUAGUAAUGGUUAUUCAUCAUUUAUUUCAAAUAUUCCAACUAUUAUUCCAACGAUUAUUAAUUACUUGUAUAAUACAUGUAUUAAUACAAUUAAUUAUUUUUGGUCAUGGAAUAACAAUAAUAGCAAUAAUAAUAGUGAAACCAAUCUUUUGGUUGAUGAUAUAAACUCGAAUAAUAAUAAUAAUGAUUUAUCUAGAAAUAAUAAUCCACACGAUACUGUAAAUAAUGACAUUAAUAAUAAUAAUAAUAAUAAUUUAAAACCCGAACCAAUUCAAUUGAAUACCAAAGAACAUUUACAUACAUUAUAUUGUUUUGAUUUACAAUUAAUGGAAUAA